CAGCAUAUUGCACCCGUGACACAUUGAGGCUAGUUUUGCAGUUUACAAAUUUGUCUGUUUAUGGUUGAAGAUGAUCUAAUUUAGUAAAUUACCUCUAUCCUAGAACGGUGGGCUUGGCAAAAUGAGUGAUAAUUAAGUAGAUUUAUUUUACGCUUAAGUAAGGAACCAUAUUUCUCUAGUAUUUCUGUUUGUUUAUAAUUUUAAUUUAAUAAAAUAAUGCCGGCUUCAAACCAAAAAUUCACGGAUCCAGUCAUAGUUAAGAGCGUUAUUCCUAAGCACAGUAUUUAUGUUGCGGACUGUCGCAUAUAUAAUUUCAGUUCCCGCCAGUUGAGUUUUUGAAUUGGUUGUGUCAAGAUUUUGAUAUUUUGGUUUUCAAAGUUUUUUACGUGAUUUUACCACGAUGGGUGUCAAAAAAGUGACUUCAGUAGAUGUGGAGAGUACCAUCCCUAAGAUUAGACAAGAUUUACUAAAAUGGAAUGGAUGGGGUUACAAGGAUUCCCAAUUUGUAAUCAGGGAUGGAGUUGCCUACUUCACAGGACAAAGGUACUCCAUAGGAAACCUCACCUUACCUCACCUAGCCCCCUGGGUCAUCUCCGUUCUAAACAUAGACUUAAACAAAUACAACGUGUUCAACGACCCUCCCAAAGAGAGCGAUUACCCUCCGCCAAAACUAACCAAAGAAAUUUACGAAAAACUCGAGAAGUUGAAUAUACCUCACUCGAUCAAGGUCAUAGAUAGGGUGGUCAGGGCACAUGGACACACGUUGAAGGACAUUUUCAUACUGAAGUACGGACGGUUUGACAGAGUUCCUGAUCUGGUGCUGUGGCCGAAAGGUCACGAUGACGUUGUCAAGAUUGUCAAGCUAGCUGACGAAAAUGACAUGGUGAUUAUUCCUUUCGGCGGAGGCACCGCAGUGUCUGGCGCGGUGGAGUGCCCCACCGGGGAAGACCGACCCAUCAUCUCCCUGGACACGACGCAGAUGAACCGCAUCCUGUGGCUGGACGAGAAGAACCUGGUGGCGUGCUGCGAGAGCGGCAUCAUCGGUCAGGAUCUGGAGCGGGAGCUAAACAAGUUGGGUUUCACUUGCGGCCACGAGCCGGACAGUUACGAAUUCUCCAGUCUGGGCGGAUGGGUGGCCACCAGAGCGUCAGGAAUGAAAAAGAACACGUAUGGCAACAUAGAAGACCUUCUAGUCCACGUGAAAAUGGUGACGCCUAAGGGUCUCCUUCAGAAGAACUGUCAAGUGCCUCGAUUGAGUUGUGGACCGGACUUCAAUCACGUGAUCAUGGGCUCGGAGGGCUCGUUAGGUGUGAUCACCGAGGUGGUGAUCAAAAUAAGACCCGUGCCAAAAAUUAGGCGGUACGGUUCGAUCAUAUUUUACGAUUUUGAGGAUGGCGUGAAUUGUAUGAGGGAGGUUGCUAGGCAGAGAUGUCAACCUGCCUCUAUCAGACUCAUGGACAACGACCAGUUCAAGUUCGGUUUAAUCGUCAAACCUCAAAGCACAUUCAUGGAGAGCGUCGUGGAUGGCCUGAAGAAAGUCUACGUUACCAAAAUAAAAAAGUUCGACCCUGACCGGAUGUGCGUGAUGACGUUGCUCUUCGAAGGAGACGAAAAUGAGGUUAAGGUCAGCGAAAAAAGGAUCUACGACAUCGCUGCCACCUUUAGGGGAGUCCCAGCGGGUGAAACCAAUGGGGAAAGAGGAUAUAUGCUGACGUUUCUGAUAGCUUACAUAAGGGACUUGGCACUACAGUUCAACAUAGUCGCUGAAUCCUUCGAAACAUCCUGCCCUUGGGACCGAGCCAUCACUCUAGUCAAAAACGUCAAACAAGUGAUCGCCAACGAGUGCCGUAACAAGGGCAUUACCCACUUCAUCAUCAAUUCCCGUGUGACGCAAACCUACGACGCCGGUUGCGUCAUCUAUUUCUACUUGGGUUUCAACUAUACAAACCUUCCUGAUCCAGUGGGACUGUUCCACCACUUGGAGGACUCUGCCAGAGAUGAAAUAAUAAACUGUGGGGGCAGUAUAUCCCAUCACCACGGUGUGGGUAAACUGAGAAAAAGGUGGUACAAAAAUACAGUGAGCCAGGUGGGAGUUGACCUGUUUCUUGCCAUAAAAAACGAGGUGGAUCCAAAGAACACUUUUGCCACGAACAAUCUAGUGUCUCGAGUGACUAAAUCGAAGUUAUAGCGUGUGUCUGUGAAUGUUUUUUUUUCUUGUUUUUAAGGUAAAAUGUUUGUUUGUUGUGUUCAAAGUGUUUGUGUUUGUACAAAAAAAUAAAUAGAAUUAAUCUUCACUUAGUGGAGAUUUAAAAUAAAUACACUCAACUGAAUA